AUGAGUGACAUGGAAUCAUCUAGUGACGCUAGCGGAUCAGAUUCAGAGUCUUACGAAUCGUCUUCUAGCGAAGAGGCAGCCUUGAAGCCGGUAUUUGUUUCAAAAACCCAGAGAAAAUCACAUGUAAACCAGCAAAACAGCAAGCCGAACGACACGAAUAGGAGUACACAAACAGAGAUUGUCAUCGACAAAGAGAUAGGGGAAACAGAUAGAAAAAAAGAAAUAGCGUUGAACAAGGCAACUCAUGAGGUGAAGGUGGAGAAAACUGAUGGCGAUGAGUUCGAUGGCACCGAUGAUGCCGACGAUAUAUAUCCUGAAAAGGAGUACGACGAGUGGAAGAUACGAGAAAAAGACAGAUACAAACGAGAUAGAGAACGUAUAAUGCAAGAAGAACAGAUGAAGGACGAAAUAGUGAGGCGUGGUAACUUGACAGAACAAGAAUUGAUAGAUGAUUUCAAGAAAAGACGUCAGGAUAAAGAUUCACCUGCUUCUUUGAAGCCGAAGGAUUACCAUAAAGGUGCAUUUUUUAAUGAUAACGAAGACAUCGACAGGUUAUUGAAGAGAACAUACGAACAUGUUGGUGGUGAUGAUGAUGAUAAUGAUAAAGAUCAUUCAAGACCUACAAAGUUGAAAUUUAACUAG